AUGGAUAAUAUUCUGCAGAGUAAUUCAGACCUUGCCCUCUCCCUAAAUGUCUCCUCCAACAGCUCAGAACCCAACCAGUUUGUGCAACCUGCCUGGCAGAUCGUUCUCUGGGCAGCUGCCUACUCUGUUAUUGUGGUGACCUCCGUGGUGGGCAAUGUGGUGGUGAUGUGGAUCAUAUUAGCCCACAAGAGGAUGCGGACAGUGACCAACUACUUCCUGGUGAACUUGGCCUUCGCAGAAGCUUCUAUGGCCGCCUUCAACACAGUUGUGAACUUCACCUAUGCCAUCCACAACGAGUGGUAUUACGGACUGUUUUAUUGCAAGUUUCACAACUUCUUCCCCAUUGCUGCUGUCUUCGCCAGCAUCUACUCCAUGACCGCUGUCGCCUUCGAUAGGUACAUGGCAAUUAUCCACCCCCUCCAGCCUCGGCUGUCAGCUACUGCCACCAAAGUGGUCAUCUGUGUCAUCUGGUCCCUGGCUCUCCUGCUUGCCUUCCCCCAGGGGUACUACUCCACCACAGAAGACAUGCCCAACCGAGUGGUGUGCAUGAUUGAAUGGCCAGAGCAUCCCACCAGGGCUUAUGAGAAAGUGUACCACAUCUGUGUGACUGUGUUGAUCUACUUCCUCCCUCUGUUGGUGAUUGGUUAUGCAUAUACCAUGGUGGGCAUCACCCUCUGGGCAAGUGAGAUUCCUGGGGACUCCUCUGACCGCUAUCACGAGCAAGUAUCUGCCAAACGCAAGGUGGUCAAGAUGAUGAUUGUGGUGGUCUGCACUUUUGCCAUCUGCUGGCUACCCUUUCACAUCUUCUUUCUCCUGCCCUACAUCAAUCCGGACCUUUAUAUGGAGAAGUUCAUCCAACAAGUCUACCUGGCCAUCAUGUGGCUAGCCAUGAGCUCCACAAUGUACAACCCCAUCAUCUACUGCUGUCUCAACGACAGAUUUCGCAUUGGCUUUAAGCGUGCCUUCCGGUGCUGUCCAUUCAUCAAUGCUACAGAAUAUGAGGGUCUUGAAAUGAAGUCCACCCGCUAUCUGCAAACCCAAGGCAGCAUGUAUAAAGUCAACAGAAUUGAGACCACUGUCUCUUCAGUUGUUGGGGCCAAUGAGGAUGAGCUGGAAGAUGGCUCUAAGGCCAAACGCCUAUCCCUAGAUCUCACUUCCAAUGGUUCCUCACGAAGUAAUUCCAAGACCAUGUCUGAAAGCUUCAGCUGCUACUCCAACACUCUCUCCUAA